AUGUCUCACUCUCGCAAGACUUCUACAAACCAAUUGCCAGUGCGCGAGCCAGCACCGCCCAUGGAGGGAGAACCUGCCUCAGCUACAGCCCCUCCGGCCGGAGACGAGAACCAGUCGAAGAAGAAGGAGGGAAAGAAGGAGAAGAAGGAGAAGGGCGACAAGGCCCUCGGCAAGCCCGAAGCCAAAGCUCCUACUGCUAAGUCCGGCGGAGGAAAGAAGAAGAAGAUGGAUGGCGCAGCAUUGAUUGGCAUUGAUGUGUCAAAAGAGACCGACUUCUCAGAAUGGUACCAGCAGGUCCUGCUCAAGGGAAACAUGCUGGACUACUACGACAUUUCGGGAUGCUACAUUCUCAAGCCUGCCUCGCAAUUCAUCUGGGAUGAGGUCCGCACAUACUUUGAUGCCAAAAUCAAGAAGAUGGGGGUGAAGAACUGCUCAUUCCCUCUCUUCGUUUCUGAGGAUGUGCUCAAUCGCGAAAAGGCCCACAUUGAAGGCUUCGCUGCCGAGGUAGCCUGGGUCACUCAUGGCGGAAGCACCAAGCUGGAGAAGAAGAUCGCCAUUCGUCCCACCUCCGAGACCGUCAUGUACCCCUACUACGCCAAAUGGAUCCAAAGCUAUCGAGAUCUCCCUCUCAAGCUGAAUCAGUGGAAUUCGGUGGUAAGAUGGGAGUUCAAGCAUCCCCAGCCCUUCCUGCGUACAAGAGAAUUCCACUGGCAGGAGGGCCAUACUGCUUUCCUCACUGAGGAGGAAGCGGGCAAGGAAGUUCUUGAGAUCCUGGACCACUACGCUCAUAUCUACGAGGAUCUGCUGGCCGUUCCUGUCAUAAAAGGGCGCAAGACCGACAAAGAGCGGUUUGCUGGUGGUUACUACACCACAACGGUUGAGGGCUACAUCCCAGCCACAGGUCGCGGUAUUCAGGGUGGAACAUCUCAUUGCCUAGGUCAGAAUUUCAGCAAGAUGUUCGGUAUUACAGUCCAGGAUCCCAGCGCGAAGACCGACGAGGAAAAGAAGGAUGCAAAAAAGUUGCACGUGUGGCAGAAUUCUUGGGGCCUGUCCACCCGUGUCAUUGGUGUCAUGGUCAUGAUUCACGGCGACGACCGGGGCCUUGUGCUUCCUCCCCGUGUUGUUGAGAACCAAGUUGUGAUUGUCCCUGUGGGCGUCACAGCCAAGACAACUGACGAGGAGCGAACGACACUAUACAAGGAAAUCGAAGGCCUUGUCGAAGUCCUCCGAGCGGCCGAUGUUCGCGUCAUAUCUGAUCUGCGGGAGGGCUAUUCUCCAGGUUACAAGUUCAACGACUGGGAGUUGCAAGGUGUCCCUCUCAGACUCGAGUUCGGACCUGGUGAAAGCAAGGGUCACUUUGUGUCGACAUCGCGGCGCGAUCUCCCCAAAGGCGAGUCCAAGGGCCAGAUUGCCAUCUCGGAGCUCAACACAGAAGUCCCCAAGCUGCUGGAGCAGAUUCAAAAGGAUCUGUAUGACCGUGCCAACGAGAAGUACAAGUCCCACAUCAAGCAGAUCACGAAUUGGGACGACUUCGUUCCGGCCCUGAAUGACAAGAAUGUGUGCCUGAUUCCCCACUGCCUGACCGAGGAGUGCGAGGACCAGGUCAAGGAAUUGAGUGCACGGAAGGCUGAGGAACAAUCCGGGGUGCCCCAGGACGAGCGUGCCCCAUCGAUGGGUGCCAAGUCUCUUUGUAUUCCAUUCGAUCAGCCAGCGGGCAUUGAGAAAGGUGUCACAGCGUGCACGAAUCCCAAGUGCAGCAACAAGGCCGAGGCAUGGUGCAUGUUCGGGCGAUCCUAUUAG